CUUAUCGCUUACCACCUGGUAAACAGUGACCGGCGUAAUGGAUAAGUUAAAGUUUAAACUAAUCCGAUUGUACCGCGAAGAACAAUGUUUGUGGGACCCUAAUGACCCUUUAUUUACAAGCGUCGUUGAACGACACAAAGCUUAUGUCAAUAUUCGUGAAGAAUUGUCAAACAUGGGUUUACCGAUGACACUUAAAGAAAUACAAAAUAAAAUAAGACUUCUGAAGGCCGCCUAUUUUCGUACUAGAAAAAUGCUAAGGAAGGGACGUUCUAUUAAACCUAUAAGCAGUACCAACACAGCGAGAAUGUCAUAUAAAGUGAGGAUAAAGUGUUUUCGUAAAAUGGACAGAUUUCUUAAAAGUGUGCGUGACACUCGGAUGAGAAGAAAGCCUUUGAUGAUGUCAACGUGCAAUGACUCCCCUACAAUGGAAAAUAGUUCUAUUGUUGGCGAACUAGCCAAGUUUGACAUUCAGGCUCCAAUCAGUGUCACGAUAAGCUUUGAUGAUGAUUUUGAUGACACACUUAUAAAAAAAGAAAUCGUGUCAGAGGAAUGCCAAGAAAAAGAAAAUCAAAAAACCGUUGUAUCAACUUUUUUCUCCAUUUCGGAAACGAAAACUGAAAUCCAAGCAGAAACGCUUGAUUCUAGCUUCCUCGGUGAAAAACAGAUCAACAAUUUUGACGCACAAAAUAUUGAAGACGCGCCAACUCCUCAACUUAGUAACCUAAACGAUACAUUAUUAAAUAGUAAUACAUCUAGAAAACGAAAGACAGACAAUUUACACAUGUGCAAACUAAAACAAUUCAAAACUUUGGACCAAAAUGAAAAUAAGUGUAACCGGGAGAAGUCAGUAAUUACAAGUCACGCCAUCAGUAGUAAUAUUCAAGCUGAUCCCAUCCAACCAGAACCAACCACUGUUCCGACCACCCAAGUGGAUUCCAGUCAAAUAAAUAAAGAGGCUACCGAUAAGCAAUUUGAUCUAUCUUCAUACUUAAACGAAUUCAGUCCAAGUGAAAAGGGAGCCAUAAAAUCAUACAUAACGGAGCGGUUAGCAUCGUUCUCUGAAAACAUGCGAUGUAUUAUGCAGGUUUUUCUCGCCUAUAAACAACAACACAUUUCUAAAGAAGAGUUCAAAAAAAGAAACAGCUACAUUUUAAUUCAUCUUACCGAAUUUUGGUAAAACUAUUUUUACCAGAAGAAAAUAACAAAGAUUUUAUUCACACUUUCUUAAAUAACACGGUUCAACGUGGGCGGCAAAAAUGUGGUCCAUAUUUUGUGCCAACGUACCAAGAUUAUGCAAAUCUCUUGCACGAAAUGCUUAUGUGGGCAAAAUUGAGCCUGCGACCACGUCGAACAACGAAUGUAACUGGUAAUACAAAUGAAAAAUCAGCACCAUCAACAGCAACAAAUAACGUGGCCACAGCUGGAUCACAAGUUAACAAAACAGCUCAUGACAACUUACAGUCUUUGAAACAACAUAAAAAUACCGGAGCGGAUAAAAUGUGUAUAUUUUCGUCAGGUCCGCCUGAAAGAACAUUAAGUAUUGACAUCGAUCCAGUAUUGCAAAAUUAUAUGCACAAUACUUCUCAAAAGGGCUGUAAAGAAACAAAUCAGCGGGUAAAUGAGACAAAUCUCAAUGGCGCACAAAAUACUCGAAGUAAUACCUCCACCCAGUUACAGGCGGCCGUCGCAAGCCUUACUAGUUUUGUAGCCAAUAGUAGCCAAGCCUUAACCGUCCCUUCUUCCCAAACGAAUCUUCGUCCACCAAUUACACAACAAACGCCACCGGUCAAUUGUAAUGGACCAACUGUAGAACAACAUCCUUCCUUGUCAUCUAACACCCAGCGUUACACUGCAAAUAACUUACCAAAUUUUAGCGUUUUAACCAAUAAAAAGACAGCGACGCCCAUUUUAGAAAGGCAAUUAGCACAGCCACCAUUACUUGGAUAUUUGGUAGAUCGUCAACCACCUUCAUAUGACUCCCAUCCUCAAACUCAUACAAAACAGGUGCAUCAGCAAGCAACGCUACUUUAUGAUCACUCUCAGCGCUUGCGUGUACAGUCCACUCAACAACCGCAAUUGCAAUGUAAUCCAGAGCAGUAUCAACAAUCUCAAUAUUUACAAUCUCAGUCAGGAUCGGAGUAUAGUCAAACGUGGUCAUUAGGGCAAUCUUCUUUAAUAACGCCACUAUAUAACCAAUCACAAGCCCAAGUACUGCAGCAGAACCAAUAUCAGCAGCAGCAGCAGCAACAACAACAAUAUCCGGCAGAUAGUUGGCCGACCAUGGAAGAUCUCCUUUCUACAGAUGCUACCCAACAACUUCCGUAUCAGACAAAUACUGGGCAAUGGCAGUCAAGACAACAAGCACAACCAUUACAAACGUCUGGAACAGUGUGGAACCAGCAGGGGCAAAUUUUCCAAGGACAGGUUCCUUCACAGACCCAGAAAGGGUCCCCCCGUUCCGCUUCCACCGAUAGCGGAUUUAUAAGCCCAUUAAACUUCAGCGUGCCCACAGACCCAACCAGACAAGAUCCAACGAUGCAGACAUCCGGGCCCGAGAACGCCAUGCCUAUGAUAGUACACGUCACGUCCCUCAGUGAAAAAGCCGCAUUCGUAGAUAUGGGCACAUGCGUGGUGUGCAAGAAAAGAACCAAGCAAAUGUGUAUGGGUUGCAUGAAGGUUUACUACUGUAAUUUCCAAUGUCAGACUACCAACUGGCCCGAGCACGCGUCUCAUUGUUCGCAGCAAAAUACAACAAGUACUUAGUAGAUUAUAGAUGUGUCAAAUAAAAAUAAAAGACUGUUAUAUUACUGAUAAGAUAUGUAAGAUUUAAUGUAAUUUUAAACUAACUAAGAACGAGCGACGUUCGAAGUUUAUAAAUUAUAAAUAAGGCCCGGAACUAUCUUCAUGGCACGGAUCCUUCAAAAUAUUGCUGAGGUGUCCUUAGGCCUUCCGAGGUCUGCUUCGGAAUGCCUGGGCUAUGCGCCGGGCCUAAAUAUAAAUUUUUAUCCCUGUCUGUGCAUCACGCUCGUGAUUCAUAUAAUAAAUGAUGUAAUUUUAUUGGUGCUAGCGUAAUUUACCGAGAGGAAAGUCAAAUCGAUAGAAAUUUAAGUUUAAAAUAAAUUUCGAAUGGCGCUCUUUUGUAAAUAUUAUAUUAUCCUACUGAAAAACUUCAUAUUUUUAUUAAAAACUAGCAUGAAAAAGGCGACAUUAAACUGUUGAUAUAUGUUUAAAAACGGCUACAAAGCUGAAAUUUGAAAAAAGAUAUAUUAAUAAGAAUUUAGUACGAAUGUGUGGGUGUUACAUUAUUUCCUUUUUUAACUAGUCAUAGUAUUAUGUUUAAGAUUAAGAGUAUUAAUUUGAAGCAAAAGAGGAGAUACUUCGUUUAUAGUGCAGCACUGCCCAGGCUAUUCCCACGUAUACAGUACCUACAAGGUUUUUUAGGUUUUCAUGUAAAUAUAUAUUUAAUACAUUGUAA